AGGGCUGAGAUUUAUGAUCCUUACGAUCCCGUCUCGUCAGACUCUGAGCACGAGAUGCUACAAGCCCAAAACCGUAACCAUUCACCCCCGAAUCAGGACAACCAACUAGAACAUCAGCAUUUGUCUCCAGGUCAAGACUGCCUGAAAAAACGCCGCUUUGCCUCAACCUUCAUUGAGUCAGUGGGCAUCAACAUGCAGGACUUGAGCCCUGACACUGGACCCAGCGAGGGUCGAGAUCUCAGUCCAGAUCAUAGACUACCUGACCAUAGGCUGCCUGAACAACAGGCUUAUAGCCCCAGCACUGAAUCACAUGACAUUUCAGGUUAUGACUCCAUGAGAAGACAUCUGGACCACAGAGUGGACAGCCCUGACCGGCUCAUUCAAGACUCCUCCACCCAACACUUUCCUCCAUCCUAUGGAGAACAGCGGACCAACGGGAAGGAGAGGAUCACAGUCCCAGAAUACAUGAGAGAGAUGACCAAAGUUAGAUUAUCCCCCCCCAGGCUACAGAGGGACUAUCCACUUCCGUUGGAAUCCAGGGGAACAGGUUCUACUGGAUUGGACCACGUUCCACCUUCAUCUGAUGUGCCAAGAAUCAGGAAGUUGAGAAUGAUAAUGGACACUAUCCCCUGUGACAUCUCCUGUGACCUUUGUGACGUUGAGUUUAUCAAUGGCUUGGAGCUGGAGGAUCACUUGGAGAGCAAGAGUCAUUGGGACAUCCUGGAGUACAUCCAGCAGCACAAUAACUAUGAUGAUGUGACCAUAGCCUUCAUACAGGAAGUCAUGCUGCAUAAAAGCCAUCAGUGCACCCGAACCAUAGAGAGUAGUGCACUUCAAGCUCUGCAGGAAAACGACCACAUGACAAAGAUUGAAAUGUUCCACUGUGCAGCUUGCAGCGUCUUCCUAUCCACAGCUGCUUCCUCAGUGCACGCUCACAUCACCUCUCAGGAGCACCUCGUCAACACCAAGGAUUUUCAGGUGGAGCGGAGACUUUCCUGCCUUGACAAAGCAGAAAUCAUUAUGAAGAAGCUGAAACAUCAGUUUGAAAACUUCCUGGAGGGUGACAGCCCAUUUGAAUGAUGUGAACCAAUUGAAGUCUCCAAAAGACAACUGAUGAAGAACCCUGGAGUUAAACCGCUAUCACCACCCGUAAAUGCUGCAUUUGAGUGGUGUAUUGCAGUCAUUCAGGAUUUGUCUGAAUAAAGAGUCUCAUCUUGUAUCAAGGUUUGUUCACACCAUAUGGAUUUGUCCCUUUGUCACUCAUUAUCUGUCACAUUUGGUUAAUGUUAUCUACAGGACCCAAAUCACCAUUUGAGCCUUUCACGAGGACAAAGUGGUUGUAUUAUUCAUUUACAGAUUUAAUGUUUUUUUAUAUUUUGUGUGAAAAAAAAAAAGAUUGAAAAAGACAA